AACAUUCUUACCUUCACCUCCCCCACUGCCGCCGCCUCUCCCUCCCUCUCUUGCUUCGGCGACCUGCACCCGCCUUCUCUCCCGCCUCCACUAGGGCACACACGCCGCCGCCGCCGCCGCCGCCGCCGCAGCUGCUGUUCAUGUCGGACUCCGACGAAUACGUGGACCUGCCUGUCUCGGACGAGGAUGAGGAUGAGUGGGAGGAUGGAGAGGAUGUGGAAGACGAGGAUGAGGAGGAGGAGGUGAAGGGAAGCUCCAAGAAGAAGGCCAAGCAGCACGUGGACCAGCUCAAGAGGCUGCAGGAAAAGGAUCCUGAAUUCUUUAAAUAUUUAGAAGAAUGUGAUAAAGAGCUUUUGGACUUCAAUGACGAUUCCAUCGACGAUGACCAAGAAACUGAUGAGGAACCUAGGUCUGUCCCUAAGGAAGAACCAAAACAAAGUGUUAAACCUAUUACAAUGGAAAUGGUUGAUUCUUGGUGCAAUGGAGCAGAAGAUGGGAAGAUAGGCUCUAUCCGAUCUGUUCUCCAAGCCUUCAGGAGAGCCUGUCAUUAUGGUGAGGACAGUGGGGACAAUUCGGCACCAAAAUUCAGUGUCAUGUCCGGUAGUGUACUUGAUAAAGUCAUGCAUUUUGUUUUGAAGAACAUGGAUAAUGUUCUUCGCCAAUUACUCGGUGCUCCUAGCUUUGGAGGGAAAAAAGAAAAAAUCAGUGAGCUGAUGUUGACUAAAACAUGGAAGAGGCAUGGUAGUCUAAUGAGGGUAUAUCUUGUCAACGCACUCCAUAUGAUAACAGAGAUGACUGAUGAGCAAAUGAUAGCAUUUACAAUUCACCGUGUCAGAGCAUCAGCUGUUUUUCUGGCAGCCUUCCCUUCUCUCCUGAGGAAGUAUGUUAAGGCUCUACUGUAUACCUGGGCUAGAGGACGAGGUGCCAUGCCUCUUGUUUCAUUUUUGUUCCUUCGAGACUUGUGUAUUCAAGUAGGUCAGGAUUGCCUUGACAUGUGCCUGAAGGGUAUCUACAAGGCUUAUUUGGUGAACUGCAAAUUGGCCAAGUCUAUCGGUGGAUCAAAACUGCAGCAAAUUCAAUUUCUUGGGAAUUGUGUGAAAGAAUUGUAUAGUGUGGACCCUCAAAGUGCUUAUCAACAUGCUUUUGUUUUCAUCCGUCAGCUGGCAGUUAUCCUAAGAGGUGUUCUUACUGAAAGAGGACCAAAGACACCAAAGGACAAAACGAAGAAAGAAAGAGGGAAACCAACAAACAAACAGCUGGAGAAAUCCUACCAAAAAGUUUAUGAUUGGCAAUACAUAUUCUGCCUUGAGCUUUGGACAAGUGUUGUGUGCGGAUGUAGCAGUGAGGAAGAUUUCCGACCUUUGGCUUAUCCAUUGACCCAGAUAAUACAUGGUGUGGCAUGUCUGGUACCUAGUGCACGUUACUUUCCUGUACGCAUCAGAUGUGUAAAGAUGCUUAAUUGCAUUGCUGAAGCCACCGGUACCUUUAUUCCGGUGUCCUCCCUGCUGCUUGAUAUGCUGGAGAUGAAAGAACUUAGAGGGCGUCCAGACGGUGGUGUAGGCAAAGCGGUGAAUCUGAUCAAUGUUAAACAGGUAGAUAAGAAAACUGUGAAGACACGGGCCUUUCAGGAAGCCUGCAUUUACUCUGUCGUCAAUGAGCUUGCUAAGCAUUUGGCCCAGUGGAGCUACUCCAUUGCUUUCUUCGAAAUGUCCUUUUUACCACUUGUUCAACUUCGGAACUUUUGCAAAAGCAUCAAGGCUGACAGAUUUCGGAAAGAGAUGAAGGAUCUAAUUCGCGAGGUAGAGGCCAAUGUUGAGUUCAUAAGCUCAAAGCGUGCAGGAGUUGCAUUUUCUCCCAAUGAUCCAGCGGUAGAUUCGUUUCUACAGGUUGAGAAGGAAGAACGAUCAAGUCCUCUCUCAAGAUAUGUUGCUACUCUACAUCAGAGAGCGCAGAAUAGAAUCGAUGCUAUGGAUGAGACAAGUGUUAUUGUCGGCGCAGAGUCCUCUACCUUCUCACGGAGAUUAUCAGAAGUACAGAAGCAACAGGAUGAUAAUGAAGAAAAAAUUGGUUUCAGUAAGAACUUGUUGGCUGAGAAGAAGAAAACUAAAACUGCAAAGGAGAAGACCAAAAAACGAGCCCGUGACCAUGAUGAUGUACCUACAGAGGAGGAUGUGGUUGAGGAUUUGAUCAUAAGUUCAGAUGAAGAGGAAGACGAGAACAAUGACCUUGAAUCAGACGAGGAUGGCUCUGCUCCGGUUGAAGAUGACAGUGACGAAGAUUUUAUAGACCCAGACAGCGCGUAUAAGAAACAGAAGAAGGCAAAAUUAAAGAAACGUAACAAGUACCAGCCAUCAAAUAAAGCAUCCUCAAAAACAAAAUGGAAACCCCAUCCUAAGAAGAAAGCAAAGCAUUAGUCAAGCUAGAUAGGACUCAGCAAAGACAUUGGUGACAUGAUAUACUUUCAAUCAUGAGAAGCAUGUCCCUGUCACCAAUUUUUUGUUUGUUGGAAAAAAAACACGAUUUUGAUUGUUAUUUCCAUGCAUUUGCAUUUCCUUUAAGGUUUAUAUGCUUCCCCAGUUCAACUUGGCAGGUAUUGUUGAAUGUUUUUCGGCCUGAUUGUGUGGUAACUACCAUGUACUUUCUGCCCUGAUGUUCACCUGGAAAUUUGAAGGUUAAACCAGGAUAGCUGGCCAUAUUGAACAGAAAAAUUAUCUGUAUAUGAAAUGAUUCCAGGUUUUCCUGCAA